AUGAGAAAUAAAGCAAUACCAAUUAGUUGUAGAUCAUUUCAAUCAACUAUUGAACACCACCAUUAUAUGCAGCAACAAAGAGAGCAUCAGACAACACCAAAGACAGAAUAUAAUGUAAAUGGUAUAAAUAAAGCAUUAAAUCAGUUAAUAUUCCCCUACUGUGAUAUUUUUACAAUUUAA